AUGCUUCAUUCAACUAGAUACCCGUCGCAAAACCGCACUAUUGGUGGCUACGGCCAGGCAGCACCAGUGGCACCCCAUGAUAUGCAUCAACAGAGACAACCACAGCAGCCCCAACAAUUCCAGCAGCAGCAACCUCAGGAACAUCAGGACAUAAUCCACGACACGCAAUUCGACUACUACGGACAGCAACUCGCGACCGCAAGCUCCGACCGCACUAUAGGCAUUCACACGGUCCGAGACGGUCAGAUGCAGCGAGUUGCGACCCUCAUAGGUCAUGAGGGUCCCGUGUGGAUGGUGAGUUGGGCACACCCGCGCUUUGGCACUGUCUUGGCAUCGGCUGGCUACGAUCACAAGGCAAUUGUAUGGAAAGAAGUGUCGCAACCCACACGCCAAUGGCGACCAGUGCAUGUGAUUGACAUUCACCAGGGUAGCGUCAAUGCCGUACAGUGGGCACCCGAAUCUCCCAUGCUUGCGACGGCGAGUAGUGAUGGCACCGUGGCAGUAACAACAUAUGAAGAGGGUGCCUGGCGUGAGAGCGUUAAACUGAGUAACAACAGCAACAACAUCGCACAUGCCAUGGGAGCCACAUGCGUAUCAUUUGCGCCCACUUGUCCACAGUUGGGUAACGGGAGGCUUUUGGUCUCUGGUGGAUGUGACUCACGAGUUCGUUUGUGGUACUUACCCGAAGGCGGCGCUGCUGGGGCCCAUCCCUAUCACUUCCUGGAGUUGCUCGAAGGUCACACAGACUGGGUGCGAGACGUUGCUUUCGAACCUCUUUCCGCUGCGACGCGAUACGCAGUUAUUGCUAGUUGCGGACAGGACAGGAGUGUCAUCAUUCACCGCAAACAGUGGAGUCACCUCACGACUUGUAUUGAUGACCGGGGGUUGCGGAGCGGCGAAGGGGGAAGGGAUGCCAUGGGAGAGGUGAGCGGUGGUUGGGAGCGCAGUUGCGUCCUCUUCGAUGAGCCGGUAUGGCGUCUCUCGUGGUCGCCCACUGGAGGCAUGCUGGUGGUUACAACUGGCAAUUCGGAAGUGUUUAUCCUCCGUGAAGGCAAUGAGUUUUGCCAACCAUGGUUUAAAACACCUCUCAGCGAAUACGAAAACCAAAAUCAGCGGGUUCACUGA